AUGCCAUUAUUUGGUAAAAACCGAAAUAAAACAAAAACUGGGCAGACACAAAAUAACAGCAAAUAUUGUUUUGUGGAUGAAAUAGGCGUCGAACAAGGCCCAUUUGACUCAAACGAAAUAUUGAAUUGGAUUAGGAACGGAUUUUUUGAUGGGAAGGGAGACUUGCUAUUUCGAAAUUUAACAAGCAGCCCUUCCGAAAGAGUUUCAUUAGAACAAAUACUUCCGGAAUUGCUAAAUGAGGCAGAAGCAAACUUUUCGAAUAAAAUAUGCCCAAACAAAAUAUCAAGCAUUAAAAAAAUACAAUCUGAACCUAUUGAAGUCAAGGAAAUAACAUUAGUUGAUGACCAAAUUAAGCUUUUAGAAGAAAACGAUGAUCAACAUAAAGAUUUAAUAUUAAUCGUAAAACCUUCAUUAAAAGCUGCGGAUAUUCAAGUAAAAAUGAACAAAACAAGGUCAAAUAUUUCAGCAAUUUUCGUAGACCAAGUAAAUGCAAUAAAUACAAAAAUAACGGGAAACCAAUUGGAAUCUAAUGAUGAAAGAAACCAUUUUCCAAUUUCGUAUUUUGAAAAGUAUGCCGAGCAAUUUUAUGGAAGUGAAGAAUUUAAAGGCAAUGAUUCAUUAGCAUUUGCACCCAUAUUAAAAAUCAAUGUGCAUAGCACUGUGUUAGCAACUUCAUCGCCUUUACUUAAAAAUAGUAUGAAAACGCUAUUUGAAGAACAUUUCAGACUUAGAGAAAGAGUUGCAGCAGGUAAAUGUACAACUGAGGAAAGAGAACAAAGUUUAAUUAAUCCUAUUUUAACAAUAGAGUCAGACUCUCCAAUUGCUUUUCAAGCAAUAAUACGCUAUAUGUAUGGCCACACUUCUGAAGUUCUAUCUAUGAAUAAAUUAUUGUUAGUAUCUAUGUGGAAAGAAUCUAGGCGAUUUAUGUUUAAGAAACUUGAAGACGAAUUGUUAGUACAUUUAUUUUCUACUAAACUGGAUAUUGUCGAUUUGGUUGAGAUUGCUGCUGCUGCAGCUAUUUUAAAAUUCCCAAAAUUAGUUGACGAAAUUGUAACAAUGAUUGCAAGUUGUGCGAGCUACAUACUUCAAGGCCCAUACUUAGCAUUGAGCGUUGAUGCAUAUGUGAAAUUAAUAAAAAGUAAUUAUAUGAUGAUGGACGAAAUUCAGGUGUUUUAUGCAACACAGUAUUUCAUACAACAAAAAGAAGUUGAAGUUGGAAUCUGGACAGAGUCCUUUGAGCAAAGUGAUUACAAAGAAGAGAUCGGGAUAUACAAAUUUGUUAGAUAUGACCAAAUGUCGGCAGAAGAACUAAAGUCAAUACGUGUAAAAAAACUUGAUAGUUUAAUUUUGGAUGCAACAUUGAAGAAGUUGACAAACAAUGAAGAAGAGGGCAGACUUAAACCAUGGCUACCAAAUUCUGAGUAUAAUGUAGUAUAUAGAGAUGGGGAAUAUCCUGUUGGGCUAGUCAGAUCUGGUAAGAACAACUCAAAUACUAACGGACUUUUUCAAUCGAGGUGGGCAUGGACAACAGGAGAUUCAAGAUUGAUUAGCGAAAUGACAUUUGCAUUCAAAAUAUUAAAAUCUUUUAGGGGUAAGCUUAGGCUUGGAGUUUGUUGCACAGGGAAACCGGUAAUAACGGAAACACAAAAUAUUCGAAUGUCAAAGGUUUUUUAUUACGAUUUUUCAGAAAAGGAGUUUGUUUCUGCAUUUUUGGGUAGUAAUAUUUUUCAAUGUACUUCAAGAAUUAAGUCUUCAGUUAUUAAAAAGGAAAAUAUUAAAACAAACAAUUUCAGGUUUGGCAAUUCGAUUUGGAAAGUUAACCAAAACUUCAAAACUGGUGGGAUAUUGGGCACUAAGCUUCGCAGCACAAUCAAUGAUGAGUAUGCUCCGGAUUUAGAUAAAAAAAUUAUGGCAUUUGAAAAUCGCAUAGAAAAAGGACAAAUUUAUCAUUUAGUAGUUUCAAUUCAUGAUUAUUCGGUUUUAUUGAGAAUUGAAAGUAUUGACUGUGGGACUUAUAUUGAAAAUUCUUAUAAUCAUGGUUUUCUUGUGGAUAGACUUGAAGUUAGUAGAAAGCCUUAUAUAGAAACAAAAAUAUUUAUUGAAAUGUUGGACCCAGGUGAUUCACUGUCAAUCCCAUCAUUUCUAACUACGACAAGGCAACAAAAAACCAAUAGAUCUAAAUAA